AGUGGAGCGGAGCCACUUCAUUAGUCAGGGCUCUCCUCUCGCGCCUCCCCCCGCCCCUCCCUCGCUGUCAUUCCCGGCUCCGCUCCCCCAGGCUCACUCGUGGCAGAGCGGGGCUGGAUGAGGAUGUGCUCCGGACGUUCAGGGCCGUGCGCUGCAGAGUCGCCCCUCGCCGCCGCUGUGGCGUUUCUGUUCUGAGAAUGAAGAAGUGAAUCUGAGAUCCGUCAUGGCUGUCCAGGGUGGAAUUCAGGUUUGGUACGGCGAAAAGUUUGAUGCCCCCUUGGUGAGCCCCAGGAGCCCCCGCAGCCCGCUGGCGCAGCGGCAUGGACCCGGGCUCGCUGAUGUCUUCCAGUACGACCAGUGGCUGGCGGUGCGACACGAGGCCACGUUGGUGCCCAUGCAGGAGGACCUGGCCAUCUGGCUGAGCUCUCUGCUGGGAGAGGAGGUUCGGGCCGAGUUCUUCAUGGAGGAGCUGAACAAUGGCGUCCGGCUCUGUCAGCUGAUCGGGGUUCUGCAGGCCAAAGUGGCCCAGAGUUGCUCCCCAGCAGUCAGCAAGCUCUUCCCUACCAGGAAAGUGGCGUGCAAGCGGGACGCCUCUCCGGGUUCCUUCUUCGCUCGGGACAACACCGCCAACUUCCUGGCCUGGUGUCGCCACAUGGGCGUGGAGGAGACCUACCUGUUUGAGUCGGAGGGCCUCGUUCUGCACAAAGACCCCCGCCAGGUCUGUCUGUGUCUUCUGGAGAUCGGCCGCAUCGUCUCCAAGUACGGCGUGGAGCCUCCCGUGUUGGUGAAGCUGGAGAAGGAGAUCGAGAUGGAGGAGUCGCUGCUGCUGACCGAUGAGCCUCCUCCGGCGGUGAAGACCUUCAGUGUGUGCUGCCAGCACGGCGGCCUCUACCAGCCCGGGGAUCCCGACCCGGACGAGCCCCCGUGCAGCUGCUCCAACCGGGUCUCCAUCGAGUAUCUGUCAGAGGGCCGCUACAGGCUGGGGGACAAGACCAUCUUCAUCCGGAUGCUUCAUGGGAAACACGUGAUGGUGCGCGUUGGCGGCGGCUGGGACACCCUGCGAGGUUUCCUCACCAAGUACGACCCGCUGCGAGUUCUGCAGUUCACAACCCUGGAGCAGAAGAUCCUGGCCUUCCAGAAGGGCCCCCCCGGCCCCAAAGGCCCCCACAGCAGCGUGGCCCCUCCCCCUGACAUGGACCCCCUGGCUGCCGUGGACGACCUCAUCUCCUCCUCCUCAUCUGCUUCCUCCUCCAGCUCCUCCUCGUCAUCAGGCUCCACCUCUAAGCACCCCCCACCGGCAGGUUACAGCUGCCGCUCCUACACCCCCUCCCCUGCCUGCACCCCCACCCUACCCCGGAAGUGUCCGGCCCCCAAAAAGAUCGUCCAGACGACGCCGACCUCCUCCCCGAGGAAACCCACCAUGCUGCCGCUGCCCGUCACCACCAAACCCCCCACCCCUCCAGCCUCCGUGGGGAGCUCCCCCUGCUUGGGACCGCGGAGGGUGCAGGUGCAGCGCAGAGCGGCGACCCCCCCAAUCGGUCAUUCUCCAGAUCCAAGCCCCGCCCCCAAAGGGAAGCUCAGGACUCACGGCCCCGCCUCCAAGCCCCGGAGCCCGGUCUGCCCCGAGCCGUCUUCCAAAUGCCCCAAACCCUCCAGCCCCUGUGGCCCCCCCUCAGCCACGCAGGCGCCCCGCUCUCUCACCACACCAGGCCCUUCCUCCAGGGAUGCCCGCCCCCCGACGGGCGCCAACCAGCGCUCUCGCCUGGCGCAGCGGCGCUCUGGCUCCCCGGCCUCACGCCUGCGCCUGGAAGCAGUCAGGCGGGCGAGGACAGCUACGAGAGGCGCCGCGGCACCCCAGUCAAGGACCCCCACCCCCAGCUCACGGACCGCUUCCCCAGCCCCACCCAAACCCGCCUGUGCCCCGCCCAAAGGCGCAGACGGCACUGCCAGAACCCGACUACCGACGCCCAACAAGACCAGCGCCCCCAGGCCGGCCCCGGGGGCCAACACGAGCAUCAGGGCCAAUCAGAAAGCCCCCGCCACCACAAAGGGGGCGGGGCAAAAUCCAGAAACGGCAGCUAACUGCAAAGCGACGGUCAAACCAGAACGUGCAGCCGGAGUCCAGCAGAGGACGGCGGCCAACAAACCCACCAGGAGGGAGGAGCCUUAUUUUGAAAUGAACUGCAGGAGGAAGCAGUGGGCGUGACCAGCAGGCUGGUAGCUCCGCCUCCUUAGGGACUAGAACUUGUUAGUGUCAGCUCAGCAGACACGAACACCCUAACUUGAUCCCUUCAGUCGUCUGCGUGCCGAUCUGUGGCGUCUGCGGUGACUCGGGUUCUCCUCACAAACCAGGACGCCGCUCCUCCAUCUGCAGGGAGGAGCGGCGUCCUGCAGGGGACCAAAGUCGUGACGUGGAACUGGUGUUUUCUGAUAUAGUGGAGCGCGGCGUCCGUUCCUGGCGUGCCUUCAUCAGAAGUUUGGAGUGGCGUUGGAAUGUAAAGGAUGAAGGAUUUCCUGUUACUCAGCAUUAGGUCUUUAUUUAACUUUGUUUUUAGGAGAAACUACUGAUCCAAGCGUAAUUUCAGAGGAUUCUAUAGGAAUAAAAGUUUUAUCUUUUGUGUGUUAGAGCUCUAGUUUUUUAUGUGGUCGUGUUCAAAUCUUUAUUAGAUGUUUUUCUUUGGCACUUUACAGAAAUCUGUCCCGUCUGAAUGUUUGUCUUUAUUUCUUGUUCUAAUCAAUAAACAGGCAAAUGUUUUUAAGAACUUGCCUUAAGCCGU